AAAUAUUUAAUGUAGUGUAAAUUGUGAAGUGACCAAGUAAAAACUCAACAAAAAUAUAUGUAGCUAAUACUACUAAGAAGAAGAAUUACGAUUUGACACACAUUAAAUACACCACAGACAUACAUUUCAUAAAUCAAGCGAAAAUAAUGUCAAACAAAUCAAUGGCAUGCAGCAGCAGCAGCUGCAGCAUGUUGCUGCUCUUGCUGCUAUUGCUGCCGGCAAUGCCAAACGCUGCCGCGGCAAAGGCAGCACGACGCGCCCGAAUAACAGCCAGCAGCAACAACAAUAGCCUCAACGAGCCGUUGACAGAGACCCAACGGGCAACAACAGCAGCCGCAACAAAAUUGAAAACAUCCACAGACAGCAGCAACAAUGCAGACAGCAAAUAUGAGAUACGCGGCGUAGCUGGUGAACCAAAUUACAAAUCGGUGAAUCUGACCUGGGAAGUUGAGUUCGUGACGCCGGCCCAUGACACAGAUACCCAUACGAAUGCCAAUACCAAUACAAAUACAAAUACGAAUACAAUUACCAAUCCGAAUGGCAUUGUGAAUGCGAAUGGCGUGACAAAUAUGAGCGGCAUUGUCGAACCACCCAAAGCCUUUCAGAUCUUCUACUGUGAAAUGCAGAACUAUGGACCGCAGCGCUGUCGAGUCAAACUGGUGAAUGCCACGGCCGCCGAGCUGCCCACAUCUAGCGAGGAAUCUGUGGACGCUCAAGUACAGCACUUUGGAGCAGCCGUUGAUAAUCUGCGCAUGGCCACGAGAUACAGUUUUCAUAUACGGCCCGUGCAGCCGCGACGCCUGCGCAGCAGCAGCGGACGUUCCGAAUUUCAUGGCGAGAAUGAAAUUGAGGGUGCAAGCGCCGCUGUAGCACAUCUUCCUGGCCAGAGCAUCAUUAUACCCACCAAGGGCUUCUCGGCCCAUGCCACACAGUGUCUGGCGCAUGCAUCCGAAAUCGAGGUAGAAACGGGUCCUUACUUCGGCGGUCGCAUUGUGGUCGAUGGCGGCGAUUGUGGCAUCAAGGGCAAUGCCAACGAUCCAGCCGAUAAGUAUACGAUGCGCAUCGAUCACAAGCAAUGCGGCAGCAUGGUGAAACCAGAGACAAACACCGUGGAGACCUUCAUUACGGUCCAAGAGAAUCUGGGCAUCUUUACACACAGCACGCGGCGCUUUGUCGUCGUCUGCAGCUAUCAGUCGGGCAUGCAAACUGUGCGCGCCAGCUUCACUGUGCCUGGCAAAAAUGCGGGCGUGGCCGCUGCUAUUGAGCCCAACGAUCCCUUUCAGCCCGACGAUGAGCGCUUGGGUCGCGAGCUGCGUCACAUGCGCUUUGUGAACAAAAGUGAGCUAGUGUUGAAGGAAUCAGAGCAGGAGUCUGUGGAGCAGCCGGCUUUGGUGAUAGAAACUCAGCCACCAGAGCCACAACAACAGCAGCAGCAGCAGCACCGAUUGCAGGGACGCGCUCUUAGCCUGGCUAGCCUCAAUGAGCUGAACAACUUGGCCAAGUCGCCGGACGCAGAGCAGCUGCUGGUCAGCAAGUAUGCCAAGCUGGUUGAGGAACGGGCCAAUGCGGAUGCAAAUGAUGUUGAUGCUAAGGCUGAUGAUGAUGAUGAUGAGUACUAUGCCGCCUCGCUGCGUUAUAUAAGCGCCAAUCUAGGCAGCGUGCUGGUAACUGUUUCCAUAUCUGUGAUAAUCAUCAGCAUUUGCCUCGUUCUGCUGCAGCGACAGCGAUUCGGCAACGGCAACAAGUCGCAUUCGCAUUUGGCUUCCUUCGGUUGCCCCGUUGCCCAUCUGCCGCACAAGACGCUGCCCCGUGCUUUGCAGCAGCAGUAUCAGUGCACCUUGUAGAGCCCACCUCCCAUUCGCCCCUGCUCUAACUAUGCUCACUUGUCUUGCUGAAGCCCCCGGGUAGCGCAGCCUAACCCAUUUAGCUGAAGACGACUGCGCAUAGCUGGGCCAGUGCCUCCUCCAGCAACUCCUCCACCUCCUACUCAGCAUGGCAGCUGGAAAGCUUAACAAACGGUACUUACGGGAUCAGCAGCAGCAGCAACACAGCCGUUGCCGCAGCAUCCCACACGAAGCUCCUCCUCCAGCUCGAUGCUGCGUUUA